AUGGACGUCGACAGGCCGGUGCACAAGCCCAACUGGAGGUUGUACUACCUUCUCGACCUCAUUCCACCGACGACGUCGCGGCAGGUGAAGUGGAACUUUCGCAAGGUCACCCUGCGGCAUCAUUACUAUCAGGCCUACCUUGUUCUGUACAACCGCAGUCGCAAGUACCUGUACGACUCCAUUGGCGAGGAUGCGUACGGGUUCAUCUCCAGCGGAACAUGGGGACCGCUCGUCCCUGUCCUCGGAGCCGUUGGCACUGUGGUUGUGUACUCGCUCGUGCUCUUGGUGGAGGUGGCGCUUUUAAUCUUCUUCUUCGUCUUCCUUGCAGUGAAGGACGAUAACUACAUUUCGUGGAACUGGGAGUUUAUUUUAUUGCCACUCAUGAUCUUUGUGACAAUCAUGAUCGCGGUCUCUGUCGUUGCCCUCGCGGUGAACGUCAUCACGUCGAGGACGUACGAGGAAGGGAUGUCCAAGAUAGAUCGCCUCUCCCCCGUUGGCAACCUCUUCGCCGCUGUGUGCUACUUCUGCAUCCCGUUUGUGUUUUUCACCCAGAUCCGCAAUGGCGCUCAGUUGGGUAGAGGAUUCUACCUGCAGUACAUGAGUAUGCCCAUCUUGGGUGACAUUUUCUACUAUGCCACCUCCCUCAUCUGGCGCUGGCCGCGUCGGGUGCGGUUGCAAGCGGAGGUCGACAACAUCCGCCCGAGUUCUGUGAUUUACUACGGCAUCUUUUCCAUGGCCUUCCUAAACAUGGCCUGCGGGGUCGCGCAGUGGGUGCUCAUUGGCUUGAAGCUGGACGGGCGACUGAACCACUCGUGGUACAUCAUCUUUAUCCCAUUUUGCGUUCGCGCUGGCCUCCGUGUUGCCGAGGCCUACCUGCGCAGCUUGAUGAAAUAUACUAUCGGUGUCCGCAUGGACACCGGGGUGGCGUUCGACACCGUGGGCUCCUUCUUCUCGAACGGCAUUUUGCUCAUUUCACUCUACUUCGUCGCCGUUCGCCUUGAACGCGGCCGCGAGAAGGUGCGCCUACUGCAUGCGUUGAUCCCUGUCUACAGCACCCUUGCCUGGAUCUUCCUGUGCCUGAUUGUGACGAUGAUCAUGCAGCUUAUUCUUUACCGUCACCACAGUCGCGAGGAGCGCCGUAUAAACAGCCAGUGGACACCCCCGCAAGACAAGGACGACGAGGCGACAAAGACGCUCGGCGGCACGGACACCUCCGACUCUGCCCCAGUCCGCUUCUUUAAGACGAUGCAGCCCAACUGGGAUGAUGUGGAUGUCGCCACGGCGUCGUUGACCACCUACCCACCAGGCUUGGACAACCACAGCGACAGCGAGGAGUACGAGGACUUCGUGACGGACGAGGAAGAGCCGGUGUUCACAGAAGCGAUGGAACAGCGGUUGCAAGCGCCAUCCGACAGACACCGCAGUGACGAUGGCGAGGUCGCCUAUAGGGGCAAGACGCCCAUCAGUAACCAGGAUGACUCUAGUAGCUAUGGGGCGUCGCGGCGCACGACCUCGACGGCGCAGCGCGCCCGUGACGCUCCGCAGCGUGCAGCACACAGCGCAUCCGACCGUGACGUGAGAGGCGCGUCGAGUCGUCGCCCCACACCAAGACGCCAGACGCCGGAUGUCUACUCAGGCAUACCCGCUAGUGCUAUAUCGGGCGAGGAGGACUAUACGGAGGUUACAACGUACAUGGACGAGCGGACAGCAGGGUCAGACACAUAUGAAGACGCCACAUAUUCGAACAGCUACACUUACACAGACCAGACGACGUACUUCGACCAAGGGGCUGACUACACGAGUGAAAAUCAGGUAGAAUCACACACACGCAGCAGCUCCUACUCAUCCGUGUCCUCUUCUUUUUCCUCAGUCACUUCUUAUGCCUCCAAGAACGCGGUGACUAGGAGGUAG